AGGAGAAGCCCGAGAGGCAUUUAAUGCAAGUCGCCCCCCCCUUAUUAUUUUUAUUUUUUUUUAAGGCUUAAUUCGAAUCCUUUCCACUGACGAGCAGUUUUGCAUGCUGAAGAUCAGUCGCAGCGCCAUCUUAGGCAGGUCUACUCUGGAGCAAGCUCCGUGGGGUUUGCUCCCAGGUAAGUGUGCGCAGGAUUGCAGCCUUAAUGCGGAUUAGCGGCCCCCUUCCUGCAGGUUGGACCAUUGCCCGGCCGUGUUUGCGAUGGGAAAGGUAAAUUUAAAGGUCGUGCAAUAAGGCGUAUGCGCAUGAAAUAAAAAUAAACCAACGCGUGCCGCUGGGUGAAGAGGGGAUCCUAACCCGCGCUUGAGAUCCUGGGCUUUUUUUCGUUUUGUGUGUUUUGCUCUGUCGGGGUUUCAUUGGCCUCGGGCAGCCGAAAGGGUCAGACUUUCCUGGGCUUUGACAUUGGGGAGGCGCCUUGGAAAUUGCUGGGCUUGCAGGAAAGCGGAGAAGCUGCAGGAUCUAGUUAGCUGCUAAAUCGGUUCAGAGCAACCUCUGCUCUCUCCCGACCAGCAAAGAGCCUCGCUCCGCUAUUGUUUCGCCCCAAUUGGUGCAAGCCACGUAGUUUUCCUGCAUGACCUUUGUAGUGAUAUAUUCAGGCCUAUAGUCAGACACCCAUUCGCUCUCUGUCUCUCUAAUAUAGGUGCUGGCUGAGCACUUUUAUUGCUAUUGCCACAAGCCUAACCAGGGAUAUCACUGAGGGCUUUAUUUAUUACAUUUAUAUUCCGCUUUUAUCUUCCAAGGAUCUCAGAAGCGCUGUACAUUGUUCUCCUCCUCUCCAUUCCAGCCUCACAACAACCCUGUGAGGGAGGUUAGGCUGAGAGACGCCAACGGGCCGUCUUCAUGGCUGCUGAGCAGGGAUUCGAACCCUGCUCUCGCAGAUCAUAGUCCAACACUCUAACCCAGGGUUUCCCAAACUGGGGUCUCCAGCUGUUUUGGGAUUACAGUUCCCAUCAUCCCCGACCACUGGUCCUGCUAGCUAGGGAUGAUGGGAGUUGUGGUCCAAAAACAGCUGGGGACUCAAGUUUGGGAAAGCCUGCUCUAACCAUUAUGCCACACUGGCCAGUGCCAGCCCUACUGUAUUCCUUCAUUGCAAGGGCUUGGACUGGAUCACUCUACGUGGGGCUGCCCUUGAGACUGACCCAGAAACUCCAGCGGGUGCAGAAUGCUGCGGUGAGACUCCUUACGGGGUCCUCGCUGCGGGAUCACAUUCACCCGGCGCUAUACCAGCUGCACUGGCUCCCGGUGGAGUACAGGAUCAGGUUUAAGGUGCUGGUUUUAACCUUUAAAGCCCUAUACGGCCUAGGACCCUCGUACCUAUGGGACCGCCUCUCCUGGUAUGUCCCACGGGGGAAGUUACGUUCUUCAAAUAAAAACAUUUUGGAGAUCCCGGGCCACAGGGAGGUUAGGCUGGCCUCAACCAGAGCCAGGGCUUUUUCGGCUGUGGCUCCGAUCUGGUGGAACGCUCUGUCACAAGAGACUAAGGCCCUGCGGACUUGACAUAUUUCCGCAGGGCCUGCAAGACAGAGCUGUUCCACCAGGCCUUUGGCCAAGGCACAGCCUGACCCCCUCCUUUGGCAAUCCUCACAGACCUCUAGCCCAAUGGUUGCCAUGAAUUUGAUUAUGAAUUGAUUUUAGAAUGUAUUUAAAUUAAUUGAUUGUGAUUUUAUGUAAAGUGUAUUAUUUUUACUGUUGUCAGGCGCUCGGAGCCCAGCUUCGGCAGGGGACGGUGGGAUAUAAAUAAAUUAUUACUAUUAUUAUUGUUGUUGUUAUUAUGACACCUUGGUUCCCUUUCAACUCUACAAUUCUAGAAUUAUGCUCAGAGGAGCUCCAUUGAGGUUAAUAGACAUGACUGACUUGGGGUCAUUAAUUUCAAUGAGUGGCCUCCGAGUCACGUUCACAUUUGAUGUGCUGAGAUUCCACUUUAAACAGUCUUGGUUUCCCUCCUAAAUUCCUGAGGGCUACAAUUUCCAGGGUACACUGUGGAGAAGAGCUAGCUAGCUGCUGAAAUGUCUCUGCAAAGGCUGGUAGCUUUUGAAGGAUAGUUUGCAAGGCAGGGUUUAUUCGCCCCCUUGGCAUUUAGAGAAUGGCUACAGCUCAGUCCAACCCCUGGCAGCUCUGGGUAUACCAAGCUGAGAAUGUCGCCUGCCUGAAACUCGCAAGAGCCUCUGUCGGUCAGUGUUAACAACACUAAGCUAGUUGCGACUUUGUAUAAUACAGUUUCCUAUCUAGGAAAGAUUCUCCGCUUGAGACCCUGGAAAACCGCUGCCACAAAGAGACCCCAGCCCUGGGCUAGAUGAAAUGGGGGUCUGAUUAGAUACCAUUUGCCAUGCCAGCCUCAGUUACUUAUCUGUAAAAUGGAAAUAAUAGUGAUUCAUGUUACAGGGUCGUUGUUGUGAGGGCUGCAUGCAGUAUAGAGCUUUUUAUCCCUGUGGGUUAAACCACAGAGCCUAGGGCCUGCCGAUCAGAAGGUCGGUGGUUCAAAUCCCCGUGACAGGGUGAGCUCCCGUUGCUCGAUCCCUGCUCCUGCCAACCUAGCAGUUCAAAUGCACAUCAAAGUGCAAGUAGAUAAAUAGGUACCACUCCGGCGGGAAGGUAAACGGCGUUUCCGUGCGCUGCUCUGGUUUGCCAGAAGUGGCUUAGUCAUGCUGGCCACAUGACCCGGAAGCUGUACGCCGGCUCCCUCGGCCUAUAGAGCGAGAUGAGCGCCGCAACCCCAGAGUCGGUCACGACUGGACCUGAUGGUCAGGGGUCCCUUUACCUUUACAUCUUCACUGCAACUAUUUUUAUAUGUGGAAUUAUUUUCAGAUCUUGGCAUUGUUUGUAAAUUUGGAACCAUUCUUACAUUUUACAUUUAUGAUUGUAACUCUUCUUUUGUUUUACACAGGUAUAUAUAUAUAUUUUAUCAUUGUAACCUGCCCCGGAGCCUUGUGGUGAAGGGCAGGUAAUAAAAAUUCUGUGGAUUUUUAGCUCUUCUGUAGCAAAAGUGGACGGGUUCUGUUGUUUUGUUUCAAGGAAGACUUUUGAGGAUGUGGCUGUGUUUCAUGGAAGUGUGCUGAAGAUCUGAUGAACUCAGACCGAUGAAUUCUAUCCCGGGUGGUCCUGCAAGAAAAUACAGGAAUAUGGCCUCUCUGGGUAAGGAUUCCUUUCUGAAUUUUGUGUUAGACGUCUGAGAGGCUUAGAAGCCUAGGGCUGUCUUUGGCAGUUCCAGUAUUCAUGGAAGAUUUGUGCUUGAAGAUUACAGUGCUGAUUUUACCCCUGUCCUUUGUGUGAAUGAAAAUGUGCUUUGAAUAAGACUGGUUAGUCCAGAUUUCAGAAAACAAAGGGCAUUUUAUUGAAAUUAGGGGUCGUCGUCCCCCCGCCCUACUAGAAAUAUUUUGAAAUAAUGCAUGUCCCUUGUUAGUGUCAGAUCUCAUUUUUUAACUGGUUGGAACAUGGCGGGGGGAAUCACAUAAUUGAAAACAUAAGAAAAGUAUUUUUAUUAUUACAGUGGAGCUUCGGUUUCCAAGCGUCUCGAAAGCCGAACGAUUCGGAACCCGAACGCUGAAAACCCGGAAGUGAAUGCUUCCGUUUUCAAACAUGUCUUGGAAGUUGAAUGGCUUCCAAGGCAUGUUUCUCCAUUUUCUCAAUGGAUUCUGUGGACCGUCCAUUGCGCCUCAGUUGUCAAACGUUUCGGAAGUUGAACGAUCUUCCGGAACAGAUUAUGUUCAACUGUAUUAUUAUUUAUUGAACUUACCGUAUAUACCAGCUGGUACCCGCACGUCUCAGGGCGGUUCACAGAACAAAACUACAAAAAAUGAAUAUCAAUAGCAUCAAAACCCCCACAAACAAUACCCCAGCCCAAUACAUUAUUAUUAUUAUUAUUAUUAUUAUUAUUAUUAAAAUCUACCGACUACAUUCCUCAUUCUUAACAGUUCCGGACAUCACUAAUUCAAGACUUCUCAGACCCUUCUCCUCUUCUCUUUGAUUAGAGUUUCCUAGCGUGACUAUAAAACUGGAAGACGAAGAUGAGAUGCCGUGGCUCCCGAAUAACCAGGGAUCAGAGGAUAUUAAGAAUUUCCCAGGCGACCGCUCAGGUGGUGGAUUGGUUCAGCUAAACUGUGCGAUGCAUAUAUAAGUAUUCAUAGAUAAUUUUUUGUUUCAGGUUGCCCACACCACGCUUUCUGCCGAUUCUGGUGGAUAGAAAAAAUAAAGGCUGACACCUUUCAUGAGAACUAGUGGCAUGAAAUAGCUGAGCUGCCAGCCAGGAUGCCCAUUAUGGUUAUCUCUGAUCUCAGCCCUGAGUUUGUUGGGCAGCUUUGGUGCUUAGCCUCCACUUUCCUUCCCCACCAGCUGCAGUAUGGGGAUAAUACAAGGACUUCACUUAGAAGGUUGUCCUAAUGCUAAGUGCAUAUAAAUGUUACAUCAGAUUAUUUUAUCAAAGGCUGUGUCAGGUGUUUAUUGCUUUCCAUGUGCCAUUAUUAUUAUUAUUAUUAUUAUUAUUAUUAUUACUACUACUACUACUAAUACUACAAUCUACAGGAGGCCCUCUCCUGCUAGGCUCAAUGAUCAAUUGGGGAUGAUGAUGAUAAUAAUAAUAAUAAUAAUAAUAAUAAUAAUAAUUUAUUAUUUAUACCCCGCCCAUCUGGCUGGGCUUCCCCAGCCACUCUGGGUGGCUUCCAAAAAAAUAUUAAAAUACUGUAAUACAUCAAACAUUAAAAGCUUCCCUAAACAGGGCCGCCUUCAGAUGUCUUCUAAAAGUCUGGUAGUUGUUUUUCUCUUUGACAUCUGGUGGGAGGGCGUUCCACAGCGAGGGCGCCACUACCGAGAAGGCCCUCUGCCUGGUUCCCUGUAACUUGGCUUCUCACAGCGAGGGAACCGCCAGAAGGCCCUCGGUACUGGACGUCAGUGUCCGGGCUGAACGAUGGGGGUAGAGACGCUCUUUCAGAUAUACUGGACUGAGGCCGUUUAGGGCUUUAAAGGUCAGCACCAACACUUUGAACAGGGAUGUGAUGAUCUUUUAGGAAUCCUGGCCCCAAUGUUGGUAAACAAAGCCCUAUGUGACAAGUACCUGUUAUCUGGUUCCUUCUGAUUACAUUGGUCACUUUUUCCCCUCAGCAGGAUUCCCGGUUCCUAAAACUGAAGUGGUCCAUGGGGGAGAUCCAUGGAUCCCAGAGCCUGUUUUGGAGGAAAGAGAGAUCCCAGCAGACUACGGCUCGGGUAAAUAGAAAGAUCUGGGCAAACUCUUGGGAAUCAACCUAGGCUUUUGACAGGAAGAGAAUGUGGAAACUCUUGCCUGUUCAUAGCUUUGAGAGACAGUAUGGUGCAAUGGUUAGUGUUAGAUGAUGACUUGGAAGACCCAGGUUCAAAUCCUUAUUCAGUCAGGAUAAAAUGUUGGUAGAAUGGGGGCCAACCAUGUAUACCAUCACAAACUUCUUAGAGGAAGGGUGACUCAACAGUGUGACACAUCAGGGUUGGGAGUACUUGUGUGUCCCUCCAGAUGUUGUCGGGACUCCAUUUCCCAUCAGCCCCUCGCCAACAUGGCCGAUGCACAGGAAUGCUGGGAGUUGUAGAGACAUAAACAGAGGAGCGCAAGACCCAGCCCGUUCCAGACACCUCCAAGGUCAUAACAGGAGGAUCUGGGCAGCUGUUCUGUAGAUGGGAAAGUGUAACAUGUAGCCUGGCUCUGCGUUAUUGGGGAAAGCUCUGGGAUUUGGGCAGGUUGGUGCCCGCUUCGGCCUGUCAAGGAGCCAGCUCCUCAGCCGCCCUCCUCUCUUCUCAUUCCCCGAGCAGAGCUUCCGGAUGUGAUAAUAAAGUUGGAACAAGAAGAGGUGCCGUACGUUCCCUGCCGCCCGGUCUCGGAGGCCAGUGUGACAUUCCAGGCGGCCCACUCAGGUGAGUGAGCUUCAAACUAACUUGCUCUUGGGACCUUCAUUAGCCUCAUAACUGCAUGUGCAAUUUCUCCUCACGAUAGUGGCCAACCUCACAAGCAGGAUCCAAAAGCUCCCAGCUUCCCCUUGCUAUUUGUUUCCGAUAUGUGAGGCGCACUUGCAGAUACACUGCUUUUGAACAUGAGGGUUCUGUCUUGGUAUGGAUAAUAUGACAGCAAGUGUGCCAUGACUGUGGCAGAGAAUGUUUCCCAUGCAGAAGGUCCCAUAGCAGCCAUCUUCAGAUAUCUCAAGGGCUGUCACGUGGAAGAAGGAACAAGCUUGUUUUCUCCUGCUCUGGAGGGUAGGAUUCGAACCGAUGGCUUCAAGUUACAAGAAAGGAGAUUCCGACUAAACAUCAGGAAAAACUUUCUGGCAGUAAGAGCUGUUCAGCAGUGGAACAGACUCCCUCGGGAAGUGUUGUAUUCUCCUUCAUUGGAGGUUUUAAGCAGAGGUUAGAGGGCCAUCUGCCAUGGAUGCUUUAGCUGAGAUACCUCCAUUUCAGGGGGUUGGACUAGAUGACCCUCGGGAUCCCUUGCAACUCUACAGUUUAUGAUUCUGUGAUCAGUCUUGAACAUGAGACCUUCUGCAUGGGAAAUGUCUGUUUGCAGUGUUUGGGAGAGUGGUUUUGUGGGGCUUGUUUGGCCCUGCUGUAAAGUCUGUCUGCAAGUUCUUUUUGACUUCGUAAAGAAAGAUGUUAAAGCGCUCUCUUUACUCUGACAGGAGAUGGACGCGACAGAAUAUUCAUGGGAGAAAUGCCAUAUUACUCAGGCUUUGGGAGAAGCUUCGGCGACAAACAAGGCCUUAUCAAACACGAGAGCCAACACUCCGCAGAGAAACCACACAAGUGUUCCUGCUGCUCUAAAAGCUUCAUGAAAAGAUCCAACCUUCGCACACACGAGAGAAUCCACACGGGAGAAAAGCCAUUUCGGUGCUCCGAGUGCGGGAACAGCUUCAGCGACGGAUCCAGCCUUAUUCGACAUAAGCGGAAACACACGGGCGAGAAACCCUACAGUUGCUCAGUCUGUGGGAAACGGUUCAAUCAGAGCUCCAGCCUUAUCAGGCACGAGAGAAGCCACACUGAGCAGAGACCUUACAAAUGCUUAGAGUGUGGUAAAAGAUUCAACCAGAGUUCGACCUUGGUCAGACACGAGAGGAUCCAUAGAGAACAAAAACUCUUUAAAUGUCCGGAUUGCGACAAAAGAUUUAUUCAGACUGCGAGCCUCCUUGCACAUCAGAGAAUCCACCGGGGCGAAAAGCCGUAUAGCUGCUCCAUGUGUGACAAGGGCUUUGUUCAGAGAUCAAACCUCCUCAUUCACGAGAUGAAACACACCGGCUUGAAACCGUUCAAAUGUUCAGACUGUGGGAAAGGGUUCAAUCAGAACUCGAGCCUUGUCAUACACAGGAGAAUCCACACCGGAGAAAAACCGUACAAUUGUUCCCACUGCAGGAGACCUUUCAGCGACAAAUCGAGCCUUAACAAACACGAGAGAGCCCACAGAGGGGACAAGCCGUUUAAGUGUUCCACUUGCGGAAAAAGCUUUGUUCGGAGGUCGCACCUUCUCACACACGAGAGAAUCCACACGGGAGUGAAGCCGUUCAAAUGUUCGGACUGCGGGAAAAGCUUCAGCAGCCGCUCGCAUCUGAUACGGCACGAGGGGACUCACACGGGCGAGAAGCCCUACGAUUGCUCUUUCUGUGGGAAGAGCUUCAACCGGAAGUCCAACCUGACGAAUCACGAGAGGACGCACACGGGAGAGAAGCCCUAUAGGUGCUCUGAUUGCGGGAAAAGCUUCAGCGACAGGUCGAGCCUCAUCAAGCACGAGAGGAUCCACACGGGAGAGAAGCCCUACAGCUGCGCGGCCUGCGAGAAAAGCUUCAGCGACAAGUCGAGCCUCAUCAGGCACGAGAGGAUCCACACGGAGGAGAAGCCUUAUAAAUGCUCGGAUUGCGGGAAAGGGUUCAACCAGAGCUCGAGCCUCAUUGUCCACGAGAGAACCCACACGGGGGAGAAGCCGUUCAAGUGCUUGGACUGCGGGAAAGGCUUCAUCCGGAGAACGAUUCUCAACAAGCACGAGAGAACCCACACUGAGGAGAAGCAAUGAAAGAAGGCCUGGACUGCGAACGGGGCUCGGGUCGUCUAAGCUGCGAAGAAACUCCGCUGGAAUGAGACUAUUAGGACUGAUAUAGUGGUAGCGAUGCAGCUGUGAAACAAGAAGUCCCUGGUUUGGUGAGAUCGCCUCUGUCGUGAUCUCAGGUCACCGUAGGCGAGCCAGUUCUCCCAACCUUUGGGACGUGGAUUCACACCUGGGCUGUGGCCCAACACAGAAUUGGGCCUAAUUAAAAUCCACUGAUUAGAGUGAGCCGAACAUGUUCAACCCCAACGUCAGAUGGGUUAUGAUCCUCAUUUUUCCAGGGUGGAGAAAAUGUCUGUGUUGGGGGAGGGAAAUGGACGAGGGGCUCAAUACCAGGUAUAGGCAGACUUCAGGCUUGCUGGUUCAAAUUAUUAUUAUUAUUAUUAUUAUUAUUAUUAUUAUUAUUACAUGAGCUUUGUUUUUUUUUAAAAAUCCAUCUAAAAGGCUAUCUAUAGCAGAGAAUAAAAACAGACAGAAGCCUAAAUACAGAAAAUAGUACAUGCAGAAAUAAUUGGGUAAUCAUACUUUUUGCAUUACAGUAUUAGCACUGAGGUGAGGGCUGUGGGCUCGGGAUUGUGGGAAGGAGUCAGUGGGCAUUUACUGUUAACAGAUUAAAUAAUCCACGUUUAUAUUUAGGAGAUUCUUGCUUGUUAGGAAUGGAGUUUCAAUAUAAAUGACAAAACAGCCCAUUUCCCCUCACCUUGGUAUUCAGAGUUGGGUUCUUAGCUUGCCCAACACUGACUUAGGCCUCUUCUGCCCUAUACGUUUAAAGCAGUAUUUUAUCACUUCAAACAGACAUGACUUUCCCCCCAGAGCAUCCUGGGAACUGUGCUGUGUUUGUUUUUUAGACCCUUAUUUUCCCUAGAAAACUACAUUUCCCAGAAUUCCCUCCAAAGGGGGCUUGACUGUUAAACCACUCAUAAGAUGGCAGCUCUGUGACGUAAACACAGAAUUGUUAGGAGACCCAAAUCUGAGAGUCCAUCCUUCUUCCCAUGGAACUCUGGGAAUUGUAGCUCUGUGAGGAGAAUGGGGGGGGGGGUCCCCUGACUGCUUUCAGGGUCCUUAACAAACUACAGUUCCCAGGAUUCCUUGGGGGAAGAAGCCGUGACUGUUUAAAAUGGUACGAUACGGCUUUAAAUUUAUAAUGUAGAUGGGCGCCUUACUUUCAACCUUGAGCCUCACCAACUAGAUCCAGGUGCAAAAUAUGGGUAAUGUGGGUGGCGCUGUGGUCUAAACCAGUGUUCCCCAACCUUGGGCCUCCAGCUGUUUUUGGACUACAACUCCCAUCAUCCCUCGCUAGCAAGACCAGUGGUCAAGGAUGAUGGGAAUUGUAGUCCAAAAACAGCUGGAGGCCCAAGGUUGGGGAACACUGGUCUAAACCACUGAGCCUCUUGGGCUUGUGAAGCAGAAGGUCGGCAGUUUGAAUCCCCACAAUGGGGUGAGCUCCCGUUGCUCUGUCCCAGCUCCUGCCAGCAUAGCAGUUCGAAAGCACACCAGUGCAAGUAGAUAAAUAGGUACCACCACAGCAGGAAGGUAAACGGCAUUUCCGUGCGCUCUGGCACUUGUCACGGUCCUCUGUGUGCCAGUAGCGGUUUAGUCAAGCUGGCCACAUGACCCGGAAAAGCUGUCUGUGACAAACGCCGGCUCCCUCGGCCUGAAAGCAAGAUGAGCGCCACAACCCCAUAGUAGCCUUCGACUGACCUAACCAUCCAGGGCUCCUUUACCUUUUUUUUACAAAAUAUGGAAGUAGAGGGUGGGGCCGCAUACAAAAUGGCGGCUUGGGAGGUGUAGCUAAUUACCAGCUGUGCCACAUGAGCCACACACUGGAGCAACCUGUGUAUACAAUUGAAAUUUUAUAGCUUUGAGUUAGUGCUCAUCAGGGAUUUGGGUUUUUUUUGCGAUGAGGGUAAGCGGGUGAGCUUCCCAUAGGCCUCUAGGCGGUCAUUGUGAGAACAGGAUUCUGAAUUAGACGUGCCUUUGGCCUGCAUUGCUGCCAUAUUUAAACCGUUGGCCCCCAACGACUCCUGAACAUGCAUCGCAAAUUAUCCAAUGAUCUACCUGGCAACCCCAGUCUACCCUCUACUUACCCCUGGUGUGGAACAGUUUCCCACAGCAGCCACAUCCACAAUGGUUAUUUAAAUUACACUGCUUCCCGCCGCAAAAAUCCUGGGAACUGUAGUGUGCUGGGAAUUAUAGUUCUGUGAACGAGAAUUCUUCAGGGGAAGCCAUGUUCUUUAAAGAUGAUGUGUGUCCCCCAUUCAGCAAUACCAGCAUAUCUUCUCGCAUGGAUACGGCACCCCUCUUGCACCCCGAUUCUUUUAUCCUGCAUGCUGAUAAUUCCUCUGCGGAGCCUUAAAAAUAAAAGCCACGUUUUGAAGCUGUCUUGAAGGCAGAGGAAGGUUCUUUUGUGUGAUGAUGAAGCAAUUUAUGCAUCUGUAGCAAGACGCAAGUAGACAUCCUAAUAAACAAAUAGUCUCUCUAUAAUUAUUUUGGUCUUCU